AGUCUCACACAUCAUGAAACCCUCUUGUGUUACAUUCUUCAUUGCUCCAGUUUUGCAAUUUGCAGCCAUAUUAUUAUUUGCUGCAUUCAUCAAAGCUGACAAUGUGACUGGAAGUGGAAGUGCCACCUGGUUCUUCUCUCAUCCUGAAAUCCUGUAUAAUGAAACUGUGGCUGAACGAAUAUCGGACGAAUUAAAAAAUAUCAGCUCGGGAGGAGUUGCAACAGCCUUCCACAGGCCGGUUGGGAAUGGAUCGUUAUUUACUGAAAUCAAGGCCUUUUCAAAUGCAACUGAUGCUGCUGAAACCACUGUUAAAGCAGGACCGACUCAAUCAGAGCGACCAUUUAUAGAGCAGGGCUUUGGCAAGCUGAAAGUUCAGGAAGGGAAAUCUGUGAUUUUGCCAUGUAGAUAUCACAAUAAUGUUGAUGAGGCAUAUCCAGGUGGACUCUCUGUUACAUGGUACAGGGAAGACAUCACUGGGAGGAUGCCUAUCCUAACAUACAACACAUCUGACUCCACCAUCUAUUCAAACCGAGUCUUUCUGAGUGGUGAUCUGUCAAAAGGAGAUGCUUCUAUGACAAUUCUGAAUGUAACCAAAAGUGACCAUGGCAGAUAUUUCUGUACAUUGUUACUUCCCGAUGGGAGAGAUUUAAGUGGUGACGGAGCACAUCUUGUGGUAAAACAAAAAGCAGAGAUUUUUGGUUUUAAAGAAACUGUAGGGAUGACUGUUGGGAUUGUGGCAGCUGCUGUUGGGAUUUGUCUUGGCAUUUUGACAGUAAUUGUGCCACACUUCAGGGAGAAGAUGCCAUGUCAAAUGUCAAAUGCACCAUCAGCAUGAAAGGUAUUGCACAUUUCUGCAAUCAAUAUCAUCUUUUAUAAGUUUCCAGUCAUUAUUUAAUAAAAGUGGUCACAUUUAGUUGUUUUUAUUGUUGGCAUGGGUGUCAAACAUAGUGCUGCUUGCUAUGAGAUUAUUUAAUCAUAAAUGCACUUUAAAAUGGGUGUUUAAACUGUAGCUGUCUGUGUUACUAAACCCAGGUGGUUGAGGGGAAGAAUGUACGCAAUAUUUGGGUGAAGAGACAGAUCAGUCCUAAUCCUUGUUUGGAUGUUGGAUUUGUUGGUCUGUAUACUACUGGUUGACUCACAUUCUGGAGGACUUCUGAUUUGUGAAUACUUUAAUUCCAGUCUUUUCACAGAAUACAAAUAUUUUUGUAUUCAUGGUAUUAAUGGUUGCUUCAGUCCAUCUUUUUGAAGCAGAUCUUUUUCAAUGUCUUUUAAAAUCUCAAAUAAAAUGAUCAGCACAACAGCAGUAAUUUUAUUUAAUGUAUUAUAUUAUGAGCAUAAUUGUCAUGUUAAUAUCAGGCCAGAGGUUGUACUAAAUGUUUUUUAUAUUUAAUUCUUAUGAUCAGUUCAUAGAAUCAUAAAGCACAA